AAAAAAAAAAAAAAAAAGUUAUGGAGUGAAGCCUAAUCCGAUCACGUCUGUCUGUUUCAUGCUGCUGCGUAGUUUUGGCUGUGGCUGUGGAGGAGCGCAGAGCGCGUAACGGAGAACAAGGAGCAAGUGUUUCAGUGCUGAAAGGGAUCAGAUAACAGCCCCGGUUCAGAGCAGGGACAGGUAUGUUUUUCCGUUUCCAAGGACUGCCUUGCUGAUGUCACCGAGGAGGAGGAAGGAGGAGGAGGAGGAGGGCACCAGAGGAGGACAGGUGCGCGCAGUAAACUUGUUUCUCGGGUGAUCUUGGAUGAAGAGCUGUCACUGAGCGGACUGCUUCACCACUUCUUUCUUUUUAACUUCUACACCACUCAUCUUUUUUUUUCCAUGGGCAGUGUUAUCAAUCGGAUUGUAAGUCUCUGAAGUCUCAAGUGGAAUAUAUUCACUCCGCGCUUUUUGGCUCUCCGGCGCGCACGAACUGCUUUUGCUUGGGCUCACACGAUCCGGAUCCUGCUCUGUAAACAUCAGGGGACGGUUUAACGACGCUUUGGGAAGCUGUGUUUGUGUUUUUGUUUUUUUUAAAUACAUGUGCACAUUUGCUGUGAAGUGGGGCUGUGAGAACGAGACGCCCCAGCAUCAGAAAACGGCACUUUCCGCUUCAAUGCGACACUGACGCAGCUGGUCUCGCAUCCCAGUCACAGACAGGUGAUGCUCGAGUAAAUUCAAUGGAAGGAUCGUUCAUCAGCAGAGCGGGUUUGAUGUGAAUAAUACAUUUUUUUGAUUUUCACCUUGGAAUGGAAUACAACACAAGAAAUCAGCGUCAACUUUAAUCUACAAUGAUUUCCCCGUGCGUCAUUGCGUUUUAGGGAUCAGAGGCUGGGUGUUUUUGUGCGUUGAAGGACAAUUGGACUUCCCUCAAGAAGGUUUUUUUUUUUAUUUUAUAGAAAAAAACAGCUACCAACAAUGUCCAAGACACUGAAAAAGAAGAAGCACUGGUCCACUAAAGUGCAGGAGUGCACCGUGUCGUGGGGGGGUUCCGUGGAGUUGGUCACGGUAGUUGAGGUGCGAGGCGGCGCUGAGCUCGGAGAGUUCCCCUACCUCGGACACAUAGUUUCGGAGGCGUUGGUUUGUCACGGCGGGAGGUUCCCCAGCAGCGGGGACGUGCUGCUGGAGGUGAACGGCACGCCAGUGAGCGGACUCACCAACCGAGACACACUGGCUGUCAUCAGACACUUUCGGGAGCCAAUACGCAUGAAGACUGUGAAACCAGGUAAGGUGUUGAAUACUGAUUUGCGUCACUACCUCAGCCUGCAGUUUCAGAAGGGCUCCCUGGACCAUAAGCUGCAGCAGGUGAUCAGGGACAACCUGUACCUGCGCACCAUUCCCUGUACCACUCGGCAGCCCCGGGAGGGGGAGGUUCCUGGAGUGGACUACAAUUUCAUCAGUGUGGGAGAGUUUCGUGACCUGGAAGAAAGUGGACUGUUGCUGGAGAGCGGCACCUACGAUGGAAACUACUAUGGGACCCCUAAACCUCCCGCAGAGCCCAGCCCCGUGCAGCCAGACUUGGUGGACCAGGUUCUGUUUGACGAGGAAUUCGACACGGAGGUCCAGCGAAAACGCACAACUUCUGUCAGCAAGAUGGACCGAAAGGACAGCGCGCAACCAGAAGAGGAGGAGGAAGAAGAGAGGCCUCCUAUGGUUAACGGCCUCGCUGAGCACAAGGCGGACAAGGCGGAGUGGAGGAAGACGGUGCCCAGCUACAACCAGUCAGCCGGGGCGAUGGACCUGCGUGCAUGGAACCCGCCGGAUGAAAGCCAGGAGUCCUUGCCUAAAAACUGGGAGAUGGCAUACACAGAGACCGGCAUGGUGUAUUUCAUAGAUCACAACAGCAAGACCACCACCUGGCUGGAUCCACGCCUCGCCAAGAAAGCCAAGCCUCCGGAGAAAUGCGAGGAAGGAGGUGAGGCAAUAGCUGAAGAGCUGCCCUACGGCUGGGAGAAGAUUGAGGAUCCCCAGUUCGGCACCUACUAUGUAGACCACAUCAACCAGAAGACCCAGUUUGAGAAUCCAGUAAUGGAAGCUAAGAGGAAGCUGAGCGUCGACAUGCCCGCCGCAGUGCAGCCGCCGGCAGCCACGCCCUCAGAGGAGCCUGGAAGGGGUGUGCGAGGCUUCACACGUGAUCCGUCUCAGCUGCAGGGCACCAUCCUGCAGACAGCACUUAGAAAAAGCCUCCAGGGCUUCGGGUUCACCAUCAUCGGAGGAGACCGGCCCGAUGAGUUCCUCCAGGUCAAAAACGUCCUUCCGGAUGGGCCUGCGGCACAUGACAACAAGAUCGCCUCAGGUGAUGUGAUCGUGGACAUCAACAGGACAUGCGUGCUGGGGAAGACUCACGCCGAUGUGGUGCAGAUGUUCCAGUCCAUCCCCAUAAACCAGUAUGUAGACAUGGUCCUGUGCCGGGGCUACCCACUGCCUGAGGACUCCAGCAGCAGUGAGGAGGCCUCGGGAGGCGUCGGCACCUCCAAGGACACUUCCCCUUCUCCCUCGACCUCCACGCCACAGGAGCCCCACUACACAGUCCCAGACGGAGGAACCCUCCCCAGGCAGACGGCCGCGGUGGCACCCAUGAUCAACGGAGGACGCCACCACCACCACCACCACCAUCCACACCAGCAGCACCACCACCACCACCACAUUCCUCAAGUCCCCAACCAAGACGGACCUGACCCCACUCUGUUACAGCCAGAGCUGGUGAGCGUGCCCUUGGUAAAAGGCCCCGGAGGCUUCGGAUUCGCCAUCGCGGACUGCCCCCUCGGCCAAAAGGUGAAGAUGAUCCUGGACGCGCAGUGGUGCCGCGGCUUGUUAAAGGGCGACGUCAUCAAGGAGAUCAACAGGCAGAACGUCCAGACGCUGAGCCACUCCCAGGUGGUGGACAUCCUCAAAGACCUGCCCGUGGGCAGUGAGGUCAACGUGCUCGUGCUUAGAGGAGGUCAGACGUCUCCUGUGAAAUCUCUGAAGCCGUGCACAGCUCCCAUGUCCCAAGCCCUAUCCCAGCCUACUCCUCAACAGGCACCCCACCCCGUGCCCCAGCAGUUGCCCCACCCGUCCUCUCAGCCUGUCACGCAGUCGCAGCGACAGGAGAUGAUGAGCAGCACGGAGACCAUCGGCCAGUCCAGCGGCGAGGCGGCCCCCAAUCCGCUCCCUUUCCCUGCCAACACCCUGCGCUCGUCUUCGCCCAAACCGGAUGCAUCCGAGCUCUACCUCAAGUCCAAGGCCAUGUUGGACAGCAAGCCUCCUAAUACCAAGGACCUGGAUGUGUACAUCAAAAGGAACCAGGAGUCGGGCUUUGGCUUCAGAGUCCUCGGAGGAGAGGGGCCAGAUCAGCCGGUGUACAUCGGCGCCAUCGUGCCGCUCGGUGCAGCCGAGAAGGACGGGCGCCUGCGGGCGGGGGACGAGCUGCUUUGUAUAGACGGCGUGCCGGUCAAGGGCAAAUCUCACAAACAAGUGCUGGAGCUGAUGACCAACGCUGCCCGUAACGGCCAAGUCAUGCUCACGGUUCGCAGGAAACUCGCACUCUCAGACGGUGAAGGAGGGGAGGAGGAGAGCAGUCAGCAGCCCCAGCAUGUAGCGUCUGUCCUGGUCAACAGCUCCCCCAAGAUGCCUCGAGUCGAGGUUCCCAAUGCCGUCCAGUCCCUUCAGUCCUCUCGGCCGGAGAGCUUCGACGUUACUCUGCAGCGCAAAGACAACGAGGGAUUCGGCUUCGUUAUCCUGACGUCCAAGAACAAGCCCCCACCCGGAGUUAUACCUCACAAGAUCGGACGUAUUAUCGAAGGCAGCCCUACGGACCGUAUAGGUCAGAUGAAGGUGGGAGACCGUAUCUCCGCUGUCAACGGGCGCUCGAUCAUGGAGCUGUCGCACAACGACAUCGUCCAGCUCAUCAAGGACGCCGGAAAUUCCGUCACCCUCACCGUCGUGCCUGAAGAUGACAGCGCUCCACCAUCUGGAACAAAUUCAGCCAAGCAGAGCCCUUCGACACAGCACAGAGCGAUGGGCCAACAGCCUCCCAGCUAUCCAGACAGCAGGAAUGGCGACACCGAGAUGAAGAACUCCCUUUUACCAAAAGAAAUGGGAACACUCAUCAUGCCCGGCUCUAAGCCGGGCUGUUUUGUGGUGGAACUGGAGCGCAGCCAGCGCGGCUUUGGCUUCAGUCUGAGAGGAGGGAAAGAGUACAACAUGGGUCUGUUCAUCCUGCGAUUGGCCGAGGACGGGCCUGCUCUUAAAGACGGCAGGAUACACGUCGGAGAUCAGAUAGUGGAGAUCAACGGCGAGGCCACCCAGGGCAUCACACACACUCGGGCAAUCGAGCUGAUCCAAGCAGGAGGCAGUAAAGUUCAUCUGCUGCUGCGACCUGGCCAGGGCCUAGUCCCCGAUCACAGUUCAAAGGACAAAGUAACCAUUCCAACCUCAAGCUUUCCCAGACUUUCUGUAUCUGACGGGCAGUCAUCUCCAGCCUCUCCAUCCUCUGUCUCCCUCUCUACCUCGGAACUGUCCCCAUCUACGCCCAAGACAACCGCCCCUGAUGAGUUCUCCGGGGCGUCUGGAUCCCCUGGCGCUGGGCAGGAGCACGGCAGACAGGCUACCAGAUCUAAAGGACAGCAGCUCCCUCACCACAACCACAAGCGUACCACCAGCCCUAGCAACCAGACCAGAAAAACAGGCAGGAGUGACUCCAAGCCUGCAAGUCCCAUGAGAGCCACCAAUGCCUGGGCAGAUCACGUAGAGCGCUCUCCGAGUCCCAGGAAAACAGAGCGAGGCUACAGUGGAUCCCUGGAGGAUAUGAGCAAAGAGAGAAAAGCUCAAGGGCAGAGAGACCACCGCACUUCUAGUCCCAGGAGAAGCAGCAAGAGGGAGCAGGAUCCUUCUGUGCCUUUGAAGAACCUGGUGGAGCCCCAGAGCCCCAGGCGUCCAGCUGGCCAACAGCCCGGCGUUGCCUACGGAGAAGGGAAGGACAGGAGGUACAAGGAGGAGGAUGGAGCCUACUGGCAGGAGAGGGGAGCUACAGAGAGUGGAGACAAAAGCUGGGGGACCAGCGAACGCCACAUGAAGAACAAAAAGGCUGAGCAAGAGGCAGCGGCACAAAAACCCCAUUCCCAAACGCACAGGGAGAGGGCAGAGUUGGACGUGGAUACUGGGACCCUGAGCCGGAGGAGCGCGAGGGAGAAGGCAGAUAAGGAAUACCGGGACGAAAUGAAUAAAAAGGACCCCAGAGGUUCGAGCAGUAGCAUCCAGGACCCCAGCUGCAACGGGACCACCACAAGCAAGAAGACUCCCAUCACCCCCGGUCCAUGGAAAGUUCCCAGUUCUGCCAAGAUCCAGUCCCAGGUGGACACAGCAUACGCAGAUGUCUGAUGUCCUCCCCAGGACUCUCUGCGUAUAUAGAAGCGAAAGCUGAGCCUCUGAAAGAUGGACAUUUAAAAAAAAAUGGAAGGAUUUCUUUUUUUUUUUUUUUUUUAAGCAAUCUCGGACAAAGCAGAUCACUGUGUAACCAGCAGCAUCUUCAUUGCUUCUUUUUAUUUCACCCAGUUUGCCUCGGUCAGUUUGCAGAAAUCUGAUCUUACAUGCGUGCUCGUACCUACAUGAGUAUUUGUACUGAAUGAUGAUGUGUGAACGUGUGUGUGUGUGUGUGUGUGUGUGUGUGUGUGUGACAGGUUGAUUCUGAGUGUUUCUUUUUUUUUUUUUUUCGGAUGUGACACUGAAGUCUAUUUUGUGCCAUUCAGGGACUCCGGUUGUAAAGAAGCUGCUCCGUAUAGCACUCACUGUGAGACUCGUCUGUGGGUAAUGAGAUGAAAUGCUCUCCCUGUCUAUCCACCUCGAUGAAGGAUCCUUCUUUUUCUUUUUCUUUUUUUUUUUUUUACGUCACUUUGAAGGUUUUUGAAGACAUAUUCAUGCAAUCACUCGGCUUUUCUUUCCCCGGCGAGAUUGAUUCGCCGUCGCUCGUCACUGAUGGAUGUGAGUGAGGCUGGUGAGGCUGCAGUGGGGGUGACAAGAGUGUCUUCUAAAUCAGUGUACUGUCCUGUUUUUGUUUCGAGAGCCCGACUAUGGUUGUGAACUGUAUGCGUGAUACACGUGAGAAGACACUGAUUCCAUUAGCUUAUUGGAGGGUGGACUUCCCCCCGGAGCUUUAUAUGCAUCAAUCAGCAGACCAGAUACUUGUGGUUAUAGUUCUAAUGUUUGUUACAUCUAUGUUAAUAAUAAAGCAUUAUGUAAUUUAUUGAAGAUAUACGUAAACAAAACUGUUAGUACACACAUCCAUUCGGAGUCAUUUCACUUUUUUGAUGUGGACUUGGUGAUAGAAGUCGAAUGUGUAGAUGAGCACCACCGUCUGAAAUACUAACAUGAAUCAAUCUAUACAUUCUAUUUCUAUGAUUGAUCAUUGUCUGUAAACGAUCACAUGAGCCUGAUUCAUAAUGUUGUCUACUGUUAACAGCUCUGUAUUCUAGGUCCUCUGGCUACGUGUGUAUGUAUACAAGCUGACUGGUAGGCCUAUGUGUUUUUAGAUAUCGCUGUAGCAUUGACUAUAAUCCCAAAAAAAAACAAGAAACAAACAUAUAUUAUUUAACAAAGUGAUUACACAUAUAUCGACACAUUAUUUAGAUGAGUUGAGCUGAACAGAGCUUGAUUGUAAGACUCUCUGCCUUCGACUUAAAAACUCUAAGAGACAUUUGUAUUUUUAUCCUCAUAAAUGUAGGCACAAGAAAAAACAAAAAACAUAUCGUUCAUUCUAACCUCCAAAUCUAUUUUUGAACAUUUUUUUUUUAUUUAGUGUGUGUGACCCUUAAUGUGAGUAAAACAAAAUAUAUAGUAUAUACGUUUUUUUUGUUUUUUUUUGCUUCAUUGUUAAUCAUCACCAACAUCGUGGCUGUCACGUUUAUGUUAUGAAUAAAGUCAGACUCCCCCCCCCAAAAAAGGCGGUUAAUGCAGUUAACAGUCCCCCAGCAGUACGCUGUCCUUUUGGUGGUUUGCACACAAGUGCAUAAUGUGAAAAAAAAAAGAAAAGAAAAAGGCUUGGCUGCUUGUUUUUGGGAGUCUUAUUUGAAAAAGACAAAUAUACAUAUAUAUUUUUUUAAUUUAUUGGGAUCAGUUGUGCCCGGCUCUGAAGACAAAAAAAUGUAGUGUUGUUUUUUGGUGUUGCUACUGUGGAGUACAGAGACAUCUAGUGGUUCAUUAUAAACUGCCACUCACAAACUAGUCUUUGCUUGAACCGUACCCUCAUCAGCCUGUUUAAGGAUGUACAGAAGUAACACAGCAGCAUCUCUCUCGGGUCUGUGAGACCACUUACUAAUUUAUUGUCCACCUUUUUAUUGUCGAUACGACAGGCUACUGUAUUAUUUACUGUUCACGCCAUUACCAUGUAUGAUACCGUGGCCUUGCAUUGCUCCGACAUAUAUGAGAAAGAGAAAAAUAAAUAAAAAAACUUUUAGUUUUGACAUCAUGGUAGUUGUAAAUGUUUAUAAAUUGUACAGCACCUGUAUAAAAUAUUUGCCUUCAUGCAGAAAAGAAUCCUCUGUAAAUCGUUUCAUUAUUUUUUUAAGGGAAGUGAGAGGAAAUGUAAAAUGGGUGAAAAGAAAUAAUCUGGUCAUGGCAUUCUGUUCAUGCACUGAUAAAUAAAGGUU